AUGGACCAUCUCGUGAGCGGAGAACUUGCCGCAUAUGGAGCGCGAUUACGAUCUCUCCGAUGUGAUAUCUGCCAUACGCAGAUCAAGAUUGACGGUGAUACAGUCAUUCGGUUGACCAAACAUAUGCUGAAAGAGUCUGGUUUUCUUCAUCCACGCUUACGUUGCGUCAGGUGCGGCGUCUGGGUUUGCGUGGGCAGACACGGGGAGCCGCACCAGCGAGAGAUUUCUGUUGUACGCCAUGAAGCCUCAGGAAGGAAACUCGAGAUCGACCAGUGCUGCUACCAAGGGCAGAUGUUCCUCAUCUUUGCUCUCCUGUGUGGCCUAGAGUCCAACGCCUACUCGAACGCGAACACCGAGAAGAAGCUGGACCUCCCCCACAUUCACAAAUGGAAAUCGUUUGUAGGCGCAGCAGCAUCUGCCCCGACUACGUGGCUGGCAAAGGGGACGGGUUACGGUGAUGCUUGUUCACCGCGAUGCGCGAAGACUACGGCAAACGAAUGGAACGACAUGAAGGAUCUAGAGUUAUACUUUGUGGCUCUUUCACUUGUCCUGCCAGCCGCGCUCAACGCUAAACCAACAUUUAUCAAUCCUCGUCCACAACGAAUCCUGGCAGCCAUGAUCGCGAGAAGUCCGAUGCUGCACCACGCCUCGGAGAUGCUCCUUCGUGCUUCCAUCGAAGAAGUUAACACCAUUCGUGGUCCACUUACUGCCGUUGUCGACUUCUUAGAGAUGAUUGCAGGUCACCAGGCCACAAUCCCGCUCAUUCUUUGCAAACGAACCCUCUUCCCUCACGCUCAGCAACUUCCUCGCUUCUUGUUUAGUGCCCCCCUGAGACAGGGCGCCUGGGGGACAGCAAAAUAUGAGACUGGGCAGUCGAUAUUCGCCAUCAUUGAGCAGCUGGCUAUCCCUUACCGGAAGUUUGCGGAGGCCUCAGGGCGGCUUGGCAAAUUGAAAGGGGACGAAUCUGAGGAUUUGUUAGCCGUGAUACAACGGGUAUCUGGCCUCGCUGCUACCCUCCGACCCAAGAAUCCACACACAGAACAUGCGGAGAGGGAAACAGAGGAGGACGCUAACCGACUUUCAGCUUCAGCCCAUAAGCAACUGAGAAUAGGAGCACCGUCGACUGAGGCAGUCUACCAGGGCAUUGCAAAGGAAGCAUCUGCAUGGCACCGAGAACAUGGUGUCAAGGAGGUCCCCGACCACUUGAUUCUAGAGGGCUUUUACUUUGCCGGGGACGCGAAGGCGCUCAGCGAGAAGAAUCAAGCACCUGGGAGGAUGAAGAAAAUCCUUACCCAGGUAGCAUCUCUCAGCACUGAUUUGCCCGAGGGCAUAUACGUGAGGUACGGUGAAGGCCGCCCUGACAUCUUGAAGAUCCUGAUCGUUGGCCCGGACGACACCCCUUAUGAGAACGGCCUUUUCGAAUUUGACAUGUUCUGUAACCACGACUUCCCGAAAUCCCCACCCAAGAUGCACUUUCGAACGACUGGCGGCGGGACAGCCCGCCUCAACCCAAAUUUGUACGCGGAUGGCAGAAUCUGUCUGUCUUUGCUCGGAACAUGGAAAGGCCAACCUUGGGAGCCGGAUCGCUCAACUAUCUUGCAAAUUCUGGUUUCCAUUCAAGCAAUGAUCUUCAACAGCCAGCCUUACUACAAUGAGCCGGGAACAUUCUUCAGUCCUGGCGUUGGCAACGUACUGGCCGAAGAGUACAACAGAACGGUGGAACUGUACACCGUUCGACACGCAAUGCUUUCCUGGCUGAAUGAGCGGUUGGGGCUUCCAGCAUACAUGCAUCCUUCAGCCAACCCAAACGAUAGGAACCCCACAAGUAUUAAAGCAACCAUUGACGACCCGGUUUUGGGAGACGUUAUACGUAGACAUUUUCAGCUCAAGAGCAGCAUGAUCGUGAAGACGGCGAGAAAAUGGGAGAAUCUGCCGACUGCGGGACUCGAGAUCAAGAGGGUGGUCCCGAGCUUAUGCGCCCGGCUCAAGGAGCACAGCUUCCUCUAG